AUGGCUCGCUCUUGGAAGCCCGUCUUCUGGGCCCUUUUCCUGCUGGUGCAGCUGGGCAUUGCGUCGUCCGUGGCCGAGAAGCUCGGCUUUGCAGGCAAAGCUGUCGCCGACCUCAGUCUCGAGGAGCUCGAUGAGCAGCUGCAGCAAUGCUCCGUCGUCCAGAGCCUCACGGCCGAUAAGCUGUCCAAGCUGAGCGACAACCCCUCCCUCCUCACCCGUGCCUUCGGCGUCCUCUUCCCGGGCUCGCCCGCCGUCAACGCCAUUCUCGCGACGCUCUACAUCUCCGGCCCGCCCAACUUCCUCUUGGCCUUGUGCCCGCCCAACAUCGACCCCUCCUCGCUCUCCGUCAUGGUCGCCUUCGCCGUCGGCGGACUCAUGGGCGACACCCUCUUCCACCUGCUUCCCGAGAUCUUCCUCGGCGAGGAUGAACCCGAGCGCGCGCGCCUGGUCCUCGUCGAGCCGAACCGCAACCUGCUCCUUGGUGUCGCUAUUCUCGUCGGCUUCAUGACAUUCGUGGCCAUGGACAAGGGGCUGCGGAUCGCCACAGGCGGCGCAGGCCAUUCUCAUGACCACGGCGGACACUCGCACGCUGAGACAACCGCCGAGGGCGCGUCGUCAGCAGUGGAGAAGACGGGCGAGCUCAAGUCGCGGAAGAAGAAGAAGGCCGAGGGCGCUGGCUCCGGUGCCGCGGCCGAGAAGACGGAGAAGGAGAUCAACCCCAGCGUCAAGCUCGGCGGUUACCUUAACUUGAUCGCCGACUUCACGCACAACAUCACCGACGGCCUGGCCAUGUCAGCCAGCUUCUACGCCUCGCCGACCAUCGGCGCCACGACAACGGUCGCGGUUUUCUUCCACGAGAUUCCCCACGAGGUCGGCGAUUUCGCUCUGCUGGUGCAGUCCGGCUUUAGCAAGAAGGCGGCCAUGGGCGCGCAGUUCGUGACCGCGCUCGGCGCGCUUCUGGGGACCCUCAUUGGCAUCGCCGUGCAGGAGCUUGGUGGCAGCUCUGGCGAGGGCGCCAUGGCGCGUAACGCGGGGCUCUGGGGGACUAGCUUGACUUGGGGCGAUUUGCUUCUCCCUUUCACGGCUGGCACGUUCCUCUACGUGGGUACCGUUGCCGUAAUCCCGGAGCUUCUGGAGACGGGGCCGAACAAGAUGGCUGAGCUACGUAAGACGCUGGUGCAGUUCGCUGCUAUCGCCGUUGGCGCCGGCAUCAUGCUGUAUAUUUCGUGGCACGACUGA